AUAUAUUAUAACCACAAAAUGAAAAAGUAAUAAAUUGGCAAAGACGUGUAGUGGGAAAUAUUGUGCGUUGAAUAAAAACAGAUAUCAAGUUGUUGUGCGUGAUAGACAGGGAUACUAAAGAAGAAGAACAAUAAUAAUAAAUUUAAAAAAAAAAAGAUAUAUGUAUAUGUAUAUAUAAAUAUCACAUACAUAUAAACGCAACUGCAACAUCAACAAUAUAUAUAUACAUAUAUUGAGUGGAAACACCUGUUGCUUGGUUGCGGGCUUUUUGAGUUAAAAAGAGUUUCUAUUAAAACGGCAAUAGUAGACAAGUGAGCAUGGCCGGCUCCUCGGAAGUUAGGACACUUUUAUCACGUCAUAAAGUAUCCUUACUUUGUGAAUUAAAUAGAACUGAUUUACUUAAUGUUUUGGUUAAACGUGGUGUUAUUACUGAAAUUGACAAGGACGCUGUAGCUGGAAAUGUUGAUCGUUCAACUGAUUCAGAUGUUGAUCUUUUUAUUGACAUUAUUGGUGCCAAGGGCUUUGAUGCAUUUCGGGAAUUUUGCUUUGCUUUAGAUAAAUAUUGUCCAGAUUUAUUGACUGAUUUACUUGUUAAUCAACAAAAUACUGCCGGUGGUGAAAAUCAGCAGCAUGACGAAAAUGAUGAGGAGGAAGCUAAACUUGAACAAAAAUUAAAAAAACAAGAAGCUGUUGAUAAGGAAGAUGAAUUGAGUGUUAUCAAUAAUACUGGACAACAAAAAAAUUGUAAUAAUGAAGAACAAAUAAUAACAAAUGUUAUCAAUGCCAGCAGAGAAUCUAUUGAUUGCAUUAAAGAAUGUCCUGAAGUAAAUGAUACGAGGAGGUUGAGUAGUUAUCCAGAUCAACAAAAUGGAUCAGUGUCAUCAAUUAAUUUGGAUAAUUCAACUCAACAAAAUCAUCAUCGUGCAUCAUGUGUAUUUCAAAAUAUUCAAAAUGGUAAUUUACCAAAUGGUGAACAGAUACUUGAAGUUUUGGAUGAACCGGUUGAUGAACCCGUUGGUGAUAGAGGAUGGGAAGUUCAUCAUGUAACAGUAACACGAGUACCUGGUUAUGGUUUUGGUAUUGCUGUAUCUGGUGGUCGUGAUAAUCCACAUUUUACAAAUGGUGAUACAGCAAUAGCAAUAUCAGAUGUAUUAAAAGCUGGACCAGCUGAGGGUAAAUUACAAGUUAAUGAUCGUAUUAUAUCAGCAAAUGGAGUAUCACUUGAAGGAGCUAUUUAUGGUGCUGCUGUACAAGUAUUACGUGAUUGUGGUGGUACAGUAUUACUUGUUGUUAAAAGAAGAUCACAAAAUAUACAAAAUAUAAUACCACAAUGUCAUCGUUUAACAUUAACAAGAAAUAAUAAAAAAGAUGAUUUUGGUAUUAUACUUGGUUGUCGUUUAUUUGUAAAAGAAGUUACACGUGAAGGUACUGGUGCUAAACCAGGUGAUAUUGUAACAUGUAUUGGUGGUAUUGCUGUUGAUAAUAUGAGUGUUAAAGAAGCUAGAAAAAUGAUGGAUCAAUGUAAAGAUCGUUUAUCAAUUGUUGUUACAAGAGAUACACCAGUUAAUGCAAAUUUAACAACAGGUAAAACUGAUAAUGGUGAAUAUUUAUCUGGUGCAAGUUAUAGUAGUCAAAAUCUUUAUGUUCCACCACCAACAAGACAAACAAUUGAUGAUAAAAGUAAUUUAGCACCAAGAGGAAGAUCUAGAGGUCCACUUAUGGAUGUUUCAUUGAGUCAACUUGAUUUACCAGCAACACCAACAGUUGAUCCACCAAGACCACCACCACCAAGACCAGAAGAUUAUUAUAGUUCAAGACGGCAGCUGUAUGAUGAAGAUCCACUUUCACAAAGAUCCAAACAACCAAUGCCAGAUCCACGUUUUAUAACAUUUCAAAAAGAAGGUUCAACUGGUGUACGUUUAGCUGGUGGUAAUGAAACUGGUGUAUUUGUAACAGCUGUACAACCAGGAAGUCCAGCAUCAUUACAAGGACUUCAACCAGGUGAUAAAAUACUUAAAGUAAAUGAUAUGGAUAUGAAAAAUGUAACACGUGAAGAAGCAGUAUUAUUUUUAUUGAGUCUUGAAGAACAAAUUGAUCUUAUUGUUCAACAUCGUAGACAUGAAUAUGAACAAAUAAUAACAACUGAACGUGGUGAUUCAUUUCAUAUUAAAACACAUUUUCAUUAUGAACAACCAGAUAAAAAUGAAAUGAGUUUUAGAAGUGGUGAUGUAUUUCAUGUUAUUGAUACAUUAUAUAAUGGUGUUGUUGGUUCAUGGCAAGUAUUUAAAAUUGGUGGAAAUAAUCAAGAAGUACAAAAAGGUAUUAUUCCAAAUAAAGCAAGAGCUGAAGAAUUAGCAACAGCACAAUUUAAUGCAACUAAAAAAGAAUUAAGUGCAAGUGAGAGUCGUGGUAGUUUUUUUCGUAGAAGAAGAGGUAGUCAUAGACGUUCAAAAUCACUUGGACGUGAUCAUUGGGAUGAUGUUGUAUUUUCUGAUAGUGUUAGUAAAUUUCCAGCAUAUGAAAGAGUUGUUUUACGUCAUCCUGGUUUUAUUAGACCAAUUGUAUUAUUUGGACCAAUUGCUGAUAUUGCAAGAGAAAAUUUAUUAAAAGAUUUUCAAGAUAAAUUUACAUCACCACAAAUGGAAAAUCAAAUUGAUGAAAGUGGUAAAAGCACAAAAUCAUCUGGUAUAAUACGUUUAAGUGCAAUUAGAGAAGUUAUGGAUAGAGGAAAACAUGCAUUACUUGAUAUAACACCAAAUGCAGUUGAUAGACUUAAUUAUGCUCAAUUUUAUCCAAUUGUUAUAUUUUUAAAAGCAGAAUCAAAGCAAGUUAUCAAAGAAAUGAGAGCUGGAAUACCAAAGUCAGCACAUAAGAGUAGUAAAAAAUUGUUGGAACAAUGUCAGAAGCUCGACAAAAUAUGGGGUCAUGUAUUUAGUGCUGUUAUUAAAUUAACAACACCCGACACUUGGUACAAAAAAUUACGUGAAUUAAUAGACUAUCAACAACAGAGUCUUUUAUGGAUGAGUCAAACCAAGCCGGAAGAGGCUUUGUCGGAUGAUUUCCUGUUCCCGAUGACAUCACGCCUGUCCUACGCAUCCUCCCCAGAGAGUGAUUUGGAAUUGAAUUCCGCACCUCCUUUAUCUGGUGCCUUGGGACAACCAUCAAGAUUAAAAAGUAGCUCAGAUCCAAGUAUUGCAACUCAAGAUGAUACAACAGCUCCACCACCAUACACAUCAAGCUAUCAGGCAUUUGAACAACAACAGCAACAGCAACAACAGCAGCAGCAACAACUUCAACAACAUCAGCAACAACAACAACAACAACAACAACAACAACAGCAACAACAAAAACAAAUUCAAACAAUACCCGGUGAUAGUAAAUAUGGUUUUUCAACAUCAUCAUCAGUUAAUGAUCAGCUUAAUUCAUCACAAUAUCCUGCUGGCCAUACACAAACAAGAUCACCUCAUCAAGGACCACCAGAUCUUCCACCGAGAAUUGAUCGUAAUGUUAAACCACCAAAUCAAAAUACAAAUUCAAGAGGAACAACUGGACGAUCAGCUGUUGAAAGAUUAUUUAAUAAUAAAAAUGAAUCAACAUUAGAUAUGGGAAAUUAUAGUAAUUCAACACCACACAGAACAAAUCCAUCAUCAUCAUCACUUGAACGUGCUCAACUUAAAGCUAGUAGUUAUGAUAGUAUGUCAUCAUAUGAUUCAUAUAAUACUAAUGGAAAUGCAACUUAUACUGCAACAACAAUUAAUCAAACUUCUGCUGGACGACUUGGACCAAAUGUUCCUGAUGAUUUAAAAACUGGUAAUAUACCAGCUCAAAGAUCACAUGAUCCAUAUAGAUUUACAAGAACUGGAACUCAACAAAUAUUAAAUCAACAAGAUCCACAAACACGAACUGAUUAUGCAAAGUACAGUCGAACUGGAGAUCAAAAAACAAUACCAACAACACCUGGAAAACUAGGUGGUACAUAUAAACCUGUUCCACCACCAAAACCAAAAAAUUAUCGUCCUCCACAAAAACAACAAAUAUCACAAGAUGAAAAUAAUGGAGGAAAUAUGUAUCAACAUGCAAAAAAUUAUUCUAUGAAUACAUCACAUCUUUACAAUGGCGUAGAAAAUGGAGUAAAUUCUCAACGUAAUAGUGGACAAUUUUAUUACAAUGUUCCACCACCAAAUCGUGAAGGAAAUUAUCAUAUAAAUUCAAAUCAUUCACAUAAUCAUACAUCACCAAAUCACAAUCACAGUCUUAGUCAUACACAUUCAAAUCCACCAAUAACAUCACAUUCACAUAGCAAUAGUGCUGGACAAUUGACACUUGGCCAUUCACAUAAUCGUAAUAAUGGUAUUAAUGGUCAUAGUCAUAGUAACAGUCAUGGUGGUACAACUCAUGUAUCAUCCAGUGGUGGUAGCGGCGGCGGUGGUAGUGGUGGAGGUAAUUCAAAUCACAAUAGAGAACCAAGUGGUUUAAAUCUUGCAGGAAGUCGUGAACAACGAGGAAGUGCAUUUGAAUUAUAUAGAAAACCUCCUCUACAUCAUCACAAUGUCAGGAGUACGGGUAUCACAAGGGGGGUAUUUGAUAUCAGGGGUGGUAAACUUGAGGGACCAGGUGGUGUUAGUUUAACAAUACCACCUGGUGCAGUACCUCCAAAAAUACAUCAAGAGAUCUACUUUGCAGUUACAUCACCACAUAAUAUUGAUGCACAUAAUAAUAGAAAAAAUAUUGGUCCUCGUGCUUCUUUAUCACCACCAAUGCACAAUGGUGAAUCUUUGUUGAGUCCUUUAGUUGAGUGUGGACCUCGUGGACUUGAAUUUAAGGUUCCAGUUGAAUUGCGAAUUCCUCAUAAUGCAACACCAGCUCAUAAAUUAGCUCUAAAAACAGCCGAUAUUGAUGCAAGAUCAAGCAAUGAUUGGCUUGACGUUAGACUUCCUGAACAAACAUCAGAUCAUAUACUCGUUAAACUUGAUCAUUUUUAAAAACAAUUAUUAUUCAACUAGUAAUAAUUAUAUAUACUUAUAUAUAUAUUUUUUUUUAUAUAUAAAUUUUUAAUUAAAAAAAAAAAAGGAAAAAAAAAAUGAGUACAGCUUUUAAUAACUGGAAAAAAAUAAUACAAAAAUUCUUUGUUCUCUGUGAGAACUUGUGUUAUAUUAUAUUGACAGUUAUUAAAAGAUAAUAUUAAAUUUAUCCCACGUAAACUUACGAUUAAUAUUCGGUGGCAAAAAGAGCAAAAUACCAAAUGAUAUCCCAGAUUUU